AUGAGCGUCUUAAUUGAAACUACUCUUGGGGAUCUAGUUAUUGAUUUAGCCUAUGAGAACUACAAAAUUGAAUCCUAUAACUUUUUGAAAUUAUGCGAGAUGGGGUUUUAUGAUCGUCAAUGCUUUUACGAUUUGCAAAAGGGAAGAUCAGUUAUGUUUGGUGAUGCGCUUGUAGGUUUUGAGGAUAGAAAGGAAUUGAGAACCCACAAUAUGUCCAUCAAAGGUCUUGAAGACCAAGAAAGCAGCAAUGGGUCGCAGCUUAUUAGGGCAACGGAUCUACUGUCAACUUCGCAGCGGACUCGGAAGGGUCAAUUUGGAUUUAAGGCUGUCAAUAAAGAUGAUUCUACUCCACAACUAAUAGGUUCUCAAGUUGUUUUGGUUCUGAAUGACCUUGAGGAGCCGAUGCAAAAUAUGAUCUUCUAUGGAGAAGUUACAGUGGAGAGUCAAAAAUUACUAAAAAUUAUGAACAGUCUUGAAGUAGACGACAUGAAACGUCCUUUAAACGAUAUAAGAAUUAAAAAAACUUACCUUGUAUUCGAUCCAUUUCCACCCCUGGAAAAUGUUCACAGGCUCAGCAUAUCAUUACCACUUCGAGAUGUCCGCAUAUCUAAAGAAUGGCUGGAAGAGCAUCGCGAUCUCUGGGAUACAAGAGAUGAAAUUCUGGACGAUAUUAAAAGGAAAGAGUUAGUUUUUGAGAUAGCUUCAGAUGUGCCAACGAUGGGCAUUAAACCGUCGGAAUGCGUUCUUUUCAUAUGCAAGUUAAAUCCUUUGACAAGAGCGAAAGACAUAGCUACAAUUUUCCACAGGUUCGGUGAAAUAAAUUCUGUGGAGAUUAUACGAGAUAAAUUAUCCGGUCGAUCUCUCGGUUAUGGCUUCAUAGAAUUUAAAGACAGGAGAUCUUGUGAAGAAUCUUACAAACAGAUGGAUGGUGUGCUCAUCGAUGAUAAAAGAAUUCACGUGAAUUUCAGUCAAAGUUUUAAACGAAUCUAA